UCCAUUCUAGAAAAAGAGGGACCACGGUCGCUCUUCCGGGGACUGGGUCCAAAUCUUGUCGGGGUGGCCCCAUCAAGGUAAGCCCACUCUGCAGUCUACAUUAUACACUGACUGCUUUUAACAGGGUGGAUUUGGUGGAAGUAAUGUUUGGGUGUGGAUGUGUUUUGAUAGCUUCCUGUGUGUGCCCAGACCCUUAACAUCACAUCUCAACUGACAGAUGUUAGUGAAGAUAUUGUUACUGCCCAGUUGUUUAAGAGCGUUUCCUAAUAAGGUGGUUGAUCCAGUGUGUUGAUUCAAAAGCCCCAGAUUACCCUAACCAUUAACCCCUAACCAUUAACCCCUAACCAUUAACCCCUACCCCUAACCAUUAACCCCUAACCCUAACUCCUAACCCUAACCCCUUAACCCUAACCAUUAACCCCUAACCCCAACCCCUAACUCCUAACCCUAACCCCUAACCCCAGAGUAUUUUCUUCUUCUUCUAAACUAACUAUCUCCUAAAGGAUAUGGGGAAACCGUUUGCCUUUCUAAAAUGGAAGGCCAAUAAUGUCUGUGGUGAUUGGAUGGCAGCUCCGGUAAUGUCUGGGGUGAUUGGAUGGCAGCUCCGGUAAUAUCUGGGGUGAUUGGAUGGCAGCUCCGGUAAUAUCUGGGGUGAUUGGAUGGCAGCUCCGGUAAUGUCUGUGGUGAUUGGAUGGCAGCUCCGGUAAUGUCUGUGGUGAUUGGAUGGCAGCUCCGGUAAUGUCUGUGGUGAUUGGAUGGCAGCUCCGGUAAUGUCUGUGGUGAUUGGAUGGCAGCUCCGGUAAUAUCUGGGGUGAUAGGAUGGCAGCUCCGGUAAUGUCUGUGGUGAUUGGAUGGCAGCUCCGGUAAUAUCUGUGGUGAUUGGAUGGCAGCUCCGGUAAUGUCUGUGGUGAUUGGAUGGCAGAGCAGAACAGUGAGGUGGACGAGAACAAAGCAGGGGCCUGUUCAGUAGGCACAAAAUUGAAUAAAAUGUUGAGGUUCUAUCUGAACUUGUCCAAGAAGAAAUGCUUGCUUUUGUUUUCCGUUGCAAAAUGUUUUUGCUACGCUUUGCCCUAAUGAACACGACCCUGCUUUUAUAAGUGACAGAGUUGCUGUAGUCUGUUGAUUUUCUAGGGAUAACAGUUGACAUCCAUUUAAGACCUUCGCCCUUGGUAAUGUAAACAUUACCAACAAAUCAACCAACAGUCAAUGUUUCAUGGAAUCCUUAUUUUCAUUCAUGGAGGGAGAAAUGAUUGGAAAGGCAGACAUGGUUGUUCAUACUGUACACUGACAAAGGGGGAAACACACACACACACACACACAAGCAAAGAACACCGCUUCAGGCCCACCCUUCACUGUAAUGAAGUUAACAGGGUGACGCCGACUUGGUGCCUGAGCCCUUGUCCACCCCAGGGUUUAUAGACACUACAUAGUACACAGUCCUCACUAAGGAUCAGCCAUCUAACCCUCCGUCUCCAUUCAGAAUGAGAAUAGCACUAGCACCAGACCCAUCUCUCUCUGUAGACCCCCUGGCCUGCCUCCGUUCUCAUUCAGAAUGAGAAUAGCACUAGCACCAGACCCAUCUCUCUCUGUAGACCCCCUGGCCUGCCUCCGUUCUCAUUCAGCCCAUUCUGCUGCUGCCUGUGACACUGACACACACACACACACACACACACACACACACACAUACACACACACUGUAUGGGAUGGGCUGUUCCAAAUGCAUGGCAGAAAGAAAUGCGACUGCUCUGGACAGGACUCACACCCAGCAGGCUUAGCUGGCUCUGUCAAAAGCUGCUGCUACCACUUCACAGCACAGGCAUCAGGCAGCUCCUGGAAACGGGACGUCACAAAAAACACACACUGCAGUUAGAAAACACACACACACACUUGGGUACACACAAAGAUGGGUACAUUAUUUAUUAAUUCAUUCAUUCACCAAUUGUCAUUUUUAAUUUUCUCAUCUCCCUCCUUUUGUCUUUGCAGAGCUAUUUAUUUUGCUGCCUACAAAAAGUCGAAAGAGACGUUCAAUGGCGUCUUCGUCCCUAACAGUGGAGUGGUGCACAUGUCCUCAGCUGGCUUUGCAGGUGAGACCCAAUCUGAAGCAGACCACAUAGAACCAUAGAGCCCUGUGUAGAGGACGUAGAGGACGUAGAGCCCUGUGGAGAGGACGUAGAGGACGUAGAGCCCUGUGGAGAGGACGUAGAGCCCUGUGGAGAGGACGUAGAGCCCUGUGGAAGGACGUAGAGCCCUGUGGAGAGGACGUAGAGCCCUGUGGAGAGGACGUAGAGCCUGUGGAAGGACGUAGAGCCCUGUGGAGAGGACGUAGAGCCCUGUGUAGAGGACGUAGAGCCCUGUGGAGAGGACGUAGAGCCCUGUGUAGAGGACGUAGAGCCCUGUGUAGAGGACGUAGAGCCCUGUGGAGAGGACGUAGAGCCCUGUGGAGAGGACGUAGAGCCCUGUGGAGAGGACGUAGAGCCCUGUGGAGAGGACGUAGAGCCCUGUGGAGAGGACGUAGAGCCCUGUGACGUAGAGCCCUGUGUAGAGGACGUAGAGCCCUGUGUAGAGGACGUAGAGCCCUGUGUAGAGGACGUAGAGCCCUGUGUAGAGGACGUAGAGCCCUGUGUAGAGGACGUAGAGCCCUGUGUAGAGGACGUAGAGCCCUGUGUAGAGGACGUAGAGCCCUGUGUAGAGGACGUAGAGCCCUGUGUAGAGGACGUAGAGCCCUGUGUAGAGGACGUAGAGCCCUGUGUAGAGGACGUAGAGCCCUGUGUAGAGGACGUAGAGCCCUGUGUAGAGGACGUAGAGCCCUGUGACGUAGAGCCCUGUGUAGAGGACGUAGAGCCCUGUGUAGAGGACGUAGAGCCCUGUGUCUGUGGAAGCACUAUACCUUCUACUUUAUGCAAAUGGUUGUUAUACCUUCCUCAUGAAGCUGGUUGAGUGAAUGCCAAGAGUGUGCAAAGCUGUCAUCAAGGCAAAGGGUGGCUACUUUGAAGAAUCUCAAAUAUAAAAGAUAAAUUGUAUUUGUUCAACACUUUUUUGGUUACUACGUGAUUCCAUAUGUGUUAUUUCAUAGUUUUGAUGUCUUCACUAUUAUUAUACUAUGUAGAAAAUAAAGAAAAACCCUUGAAUGAGUAGGUGUGUCCAAACAUUUGACUGGUACUGCUUUUACACACACACAAAAGUAUGUGGACACCCCUUCAAAUGAGUUGAUUCGGCUAUUUCAGCCACACCCAUUGCUGACAGGUGUAUAAAAUCGAGCACACAGCCAUGCAAUCUCCAUAGACACAUUUUGGCAGUAGAAUGGCCUUACUGAAGAGAUCAGUGUUCCAACAAGUCAGUUCGUCAAAUUUCUGCCCUGCUAGAGCUGCCCCGGUCAACGGUAAGUGCUGUUAUUGUGAAGUGGAAACGUCUAGGAGCAACAACGGCUCAGCCGUGAAGUGGUAGGCCGUACAAGCUCACAGAAUGGACCGCAGACUGCUGAAGCAUGUAGAGUGUAAAAAUCGUCUGUCCUCAGUUGCAAACUGCCUCUGGAAGCAACGUCAGCACAAGAACUGUUCGUCGGGAGCUUCAUGAAAUGGGUCUCCAUAGCAGAGCAGCCGCACAAAAGCCUAAGAUCACCAUGCGCAGUGCUAAGUGUCGGCUGGAGUGGUGUAAAGCUCGCUGCCAUUGAACUCGGUCUAGGCCCCUUAGUUCCAGUGAAGGGAAAUCUUAACUCUACAGCAUACAACGACAUUCUAGACGAUUCUGUGCUUCCAACUUUGUGGCAACAGUUUGGGGAAGGCCCUUUCCUGUUUCAGCAUGACAAUGCACCUGUGCACAAAGCAAGGUCCAUACAGAAAUGGUUUGUCGAGAUUGGUGUAGAAGAACUUGACUGGCCUGCACAGAGCCCUGACCUCAACCCCAUUCAAACACCUUUGGGAUGAAUUGGAAGGCCGACUGCGGCCAGGCCUAAUCGCCCAACAUCAGUGCCCGACCUCACUAAUGCUCUUGUGGCUGAAUGGAAGCAAGUCCCAGCAGCAAUGCGCCAACAUCUAGUGGAAAGCCUUCCCAGAAGAGUGGAGGCUGUUAUAGCAGCAAAGGGGGGACCAACUCCAUAUUAAUGCCCAUGAUUUUGGAAUGAGAUGUACGACGAGCGGGUGUCCACAUACUUUCGGGGGUGUGUGUGUGUAUAUAUAUUAUGUUAUAUAACUAUAUAAAAUGUGUUGUAUAAUUUGAAUUUCUGCUCUGUCAGGAAUCCUGGAGGAUUUGACCUCCCUGACAUUUUGUUCUUUCUCUGAACUUUCAUCCAAAGAUAUACAAUUAAUUCUCUCUCUCUCUCUCUCUCUUGUCCCUCUUUCCUGCUCCAUCCAGUGAUAUGACAUGAAACUCUCUGUUUCUAUUUCCUGUUUCAGCCUUUGUUACAAACUCCCUAAUGAACCCCGUCUGGAUGGUUAAGACGAGGAUGCAGCUGGAGAGAAGGUAUUCUAUUAUUAUGUACUUCAUUCCCAACCUGUUCAUCUAUUGUUCAUACAUCUCUCCUUUUUUUAAAACACUUUUGAUUACAUCUUUUAAAUGCAGACACCUUCAAAGAGUUAGUCCUCUAUUAAUGGUGCAGAACAUGGAGCUAUUCUUUUUAAGGGUUACUGUAUUUUAAUUGCAGUUCUAUCACCAGACACCACCACAUGUAAUGUGACCUUUGACCCGGGCCCCCCCCCCCCCCCCCCCCCCCCCCCCCCCCUCUUAGCUGCAGUGCUGUCCUCGGGUUACGCAGUGCGCAUGGUUUAACAUGUGACCCAGGCAGGUCCAUAAAUACCCCAGCUGAUGACGCAUUAGGCUGCGUUGGAGGAAGAGGAUGCGGACCAAAUGGCGUUCUAUUCCCUAUGUAGUGCGCUUCUUUUUGGCCAGGGCCCUGUUCAAAAGUAGUGCACUGUGUAGGGAAUAGGGUGCCAUUUGGGACCGCGUGAGGUCAGUUACAAGGUGACCUAGAGUCCUAUUUACCCUCCAGUCUUGUCCAUAUAGCUAGACACUGGAACUAUUUUUAACCGCUGGAGGAAAAAUGAAUAAAAUGUUCUUCUAAAAUUAUAUUUUGGAAUGUAUUAACAAGCUAAAAAGAUGUACUGAAAUGUAUAUUUGAGAAUGGAAAAAGUAACAGUGGACGUAAAAAUAUAGGAUGUAUUGUUUGAGAGAUAACCCCCCCCCACCGUCUCGUCCUGUGACCUAUUUGACUGGAGUCUGAGGUAUACUGACUGUCUGGAGAGGUGAGGUGUACUGACUGUCUGGUGAGGUGAGGUGUACUGACUGUCUGGAGAGGUGAGGUGUACUGACUGUCUGGAGAGGUGAGGUGUACUGACUGUCUGGAGAGGUGUACUGACUGUCUGGUGAGGUGAGGUGUACUGACUGUCUGGAGAGGUGAGGUGUACUGACUGUCUGGAGAGGUGAGGUGAGGUGUACUGACUGUCUGGUGAGGUGAGGUGUACUGACUGUCUGGAGAGGUGAGGUGUACUGACUGUCUGGAGAGGUGAGGUGUACUGACUGUCUGGUGAGGUGAGGUGUACUGACUGUCUGGAGAGGUGAGGUGAGGUGUACUGACUGUCUGGAGAGGUGAGGUGAGGUGUACUGACUGUCUGGAGAGGUGAGGUGUACUGACUGUCUGGAGAGGUGAGGUGUACUGACUGUCUGGAGAGGUGAGGUGAGGUGUACUGACUGUCUGGAGAGGUGAGGUGUACUGACUGUCUGGUGAGGUGAGGUGUACUGACUGUCUGGAGAGGUGAGGUGUACUGACUGUCUGGAGAGGUGAGGUGUACUGACUGUCUGGAGAGGUGAGGUGAGGUAUACUGACUGUCUGGAGAGGUGAGGUGUACUGACUGUCUGGAGAGGUGAGGUGUACUGACUGUCUGGAGAGGUGAGGUGAGGUAUACUGACUGUCUGGUGAGGUGAGGUGAGGUGUACUGACUGUCUGGAGAGGUGAGGUGUACUGACUGUCUGGAGAGGUGAGGUGAGGUAUACUGACUGUCUGGAGAGGUGAGGUGUACUGACUGUCUGGAGAGGUGAGGUGAGGUGUACUGACUGUCUGGAGAGGUGAGGUGAGGUAUACUGACUGUCUGGAGAGGUGAGGUGAGGUGUACUGACUGUCUGGAGAGGUGAGGUGUACUGACUGUCUGGAGAGGUGAGGUGAGGUAUACUGACUGUCUGGAGAGGUGAGGUGAGGUGUACUGACUGUCUGGAGAGGUGAGAUGUACUGACUGUCUGGAGAGGUGAGGUGAGGUAUACUGACUGUCUGGAGAGGUGAGGUGAGGUAUACUGACUGUCUGGUGAGGUGAGGUGAGGUGUACUGACUGUCUGGAGAGGUGAGGUGUACUGACUGUCUGGAGAGGUGAGGUGUACUGACUGUCUGGAGAGGUGAGGUGUACUGACUGUCUGGAGAGGUGAGGUGUACUGACUGUCUGGAGAGGUGAGGUGUACUGACUGUCUGGAGAGGUGAGGUGAGGUGUUGACUGGCUGUUGUGACCCUGACACCUCUAGCCCUGGUCAUGUGACCCUGACACCUCUAACCCUGGUCAUGUGACCCUGACACCUCUAGCCCUGGUCAUGUGACCCUGACACCUCUAGCUCUGGUCAUGUACAAUAGGGCACACCAUAGCAAACUGUAGCAAAAAAAAGUAUUUCUUAUUGGAUCAAAUAGUACCUCUCUGUUUCACUCUGUUUUGGACAGUUUUCUUCCGUUUUCCACAAAUUAAGUUCCUACUGGAAAAAAUUUUUUCUUUCAUUCUAAUCUAAACUCCGAUCAUUUCUCUCUCUCUCUCUCUCUUUUCUCCAGGGCGCGAGGUGAGAAGAAGACGAACGCGCUGCAGUGUGCCCGUUACGUUUACAAGACUGAGGGCGUGAGAGGUUUCUACCGGGGGCUGACAGCGUCCUACGCUGGCAUCUCCGAGACCAUGAUCUGUUUCCUCAUCUACGAGACGCUGAAGAAACGCCUGAACGAAGCGCGCUUCACGUCGCCAAACAGCGACACAGAAAAAGGGGCGUCGGACUUCCUAGGCCUGAUGAUGGCAGCUGCUUUCGCUAAGGGCUGUGCUUCCUGCAUAGCCUACCCACACGGUAAGCAUGGGGUUAAUGGGUAUUAAAUACAUUUUAAAAUGUUAGGAUAUUUAACUUGUCAUACCACACCUCAACGACCAAAAUGCACAUUGACGUAGGAGGCCAAUCCACAGCUGUUAAAUGACAACGGCCCAAUCAACUGCCGUCUACGUCUACUGUGGAAUAACACGUCAUGACUCAUUAUUAAAGGAGCAAUAUGUAGAAAUCACCUGGUUGCUAAAAUUCUAUCAUGUUCGCCUAAUUUCAGUUUGUGACAAAACAAGGAAUGGAGAGUGUAGAGAAUCAUUGUAAAAUCUAAACCCCUGUGAAAUCUCUUUUCAAUAACCCAAAACAUCACAUUUUCAGCUGUUUGAAGCCAGUGUACAAAACUGAAACUAAAGACUCAAAAGCUUAACUUCAGAACGGGAAGGAUAGAAAUAGCGCACAUAGAAUGGAUCUACCGCUUAUCAGACUUGCUUUCAAUGAGAGUGACAGAUCUAUAACUCACAUUUCUUUGUGAAUUUGGUUGGGUCGCCCAGAAAGCUACAGACUUGACCUUUUUGACUGAGCAGCCUUUAGAAAAACUGGACUUCACAAAAAGUCCACACAUUCCUUCCAUCUUUGGUCAAAUACUCUGUAAACUGCAUUCAAAAUCACUUUCUAACUCUUAACGCGUCUUUCUUCAUUUCUCCCCCUCUAUCUAUCCUUCCCUUCAUCAGAGGUGAUUCGGACAAGGCUGCGAGAAGAGGGCAGCAAAUACCAGUACUUCUUCCAGACGGCACGGUUGGUUGCAGUGGAGGAGGGCUACGCUGCUUUUUACAGAGGACUCGUUCCACAGCUUAUCAGACAGAUCCCCAACACAGCCAUCGUCCUCUCCACCUAUGAACUCAUUGUCCACCUGAUGGGAGACUCCUCGCAG